AUGCAACCGAUACGCUCUCGUUCGGAACCUGACAACGGCGAAGAUAACGAGAGCGAGGUCCUUGAUAAUUUCCUUGAUGCUACGGUGAUUUCUCCAAGCAGCUGGUGGAGGAAAAAGAGCACGUGGCGUAUUGGACGAGAUGACAGACUCGAAAUGCCUAGCUCCCUCGAAAGUCUCCUAGAUGAUUAUAACCUAGCGCUAAUCGUCGAGUCCCCAAAUACUAAGCUCAUCCGCCCGAGAUUGGAUGCCAUACUGAUCCAAAUCCUCUCCGUGGUGAAAGAAGCGCGACAAAAGUCCGAGAUUGGCAGAUUUGGAAUGUCGGCCAUUCUGGACGCCGUUUCCUGGGGAUCCCGACGCAGACUCUGCAUAGCACACGACUUUCAAGGCUGUAGUUACAUCGUUGGCUGCUCGGUGGACUACACUCUAUGGUACGGGAGCCAACAAGACCUCGAGACCAACUUUAUCGUUGUCCGAAGUGAUGUGCUGAUGGAGGAGGAGUGCUGGAUGCCUCUUGCAGCUAUGUGUAAGUGA